AUGGCCGUGGCGAUCCAAAAGUUGGCACGCUGCUACCCGCCAUGCCCGCUGACUGGCUGGCCGGCUGGCCAAAGGCCCUGUUGGCUGGAAGAUAGGCUUCGGCUUGAGGGCGUUCGGGUCAUAUCUGUUUUUAUUCCGAUGGUUGCUGGGGCCCUGGCUCUGGCUGACGAGCCUGCGCCGGCCGGCUUGUCUCACUUGGCGUGGCCCCACCCGUGGCGUGGCCUGCACCGCAAGCCGCCCCCCACCCCCACCCCUGGCCCCUCGCACCCCACCGCGCUCACAGCCGUCGGUCGCCUGCCUUCCAGCCGGCGGCCCUCGCAGGCAGCAGCGGCGUCCCAUCUCUUGGAUCCCCGCGGCCCCAGCCCCUCCCCGGAUGACCUUCCGGUCUCCGUCUGGGGCUCGCUAGGCAAGCCUCAGCGUGCCAACUUUUGGAUCGCCACGGCCAUAGCCCCUCUGCGGGAGGAUGACCGGGGCCCCGACUCCCAACGCAGACCUGGGUUGCCUCCAAGAGGCCGGAGGGCCACUCCGCAUUCGGAUUGCAAGAAACAAGAUGACCGUCCGGUUGCUGGGGCCCUGGCUCUGGCUGACGAGCCUGCGCCGGCCGGCUUGUCUCACUUGGCGUGGCCCCACCCGUGGCGUGGCCUGCACCGCAAGCCGCCCCCCACCCCCACCCCUGGCCCCUCGCACCCCACCGCGCUCACAGCCGUCGGUCGCCUGCCUUCCAGCCGGCGGCCCUCGCAGGCAGCAGCGGCGUCCCAUCUCUUGGAUCCCCGCGGCCCCAGCCCCUCCCCGGAUGACCUUCCGGUCUCCGUCUGGGGCUCGCUAGGCAAGCCUCAGCGUGCCAACUUUUGGAUCGCCACGGCCAUAGCCCCUCUGCGGGAGGAUGACCGGGGCCCCGACUCCCAACGCAGACCUGGGUUGCCUCCAAGAGGCCGGAGGGCCACUCCGCAUUCGGAUUGCAAGAAACAAGAUGACCGUCCGGUUGCUGGGGCCCUGGCUCUGGCUGACGAGCCUGCGCCGGCCGGCUUGUCUCACUUGGCGUGGCCCCACCCGUGGCGUGGCCUGCACCGCAAGCCGCCCCCCACCCCCACCCCUGGCCCCUCGCACCCCACCGCGCUCACAGCCGUCGGUCGCCUGCCUUCCAGCCGGCGGCCCUCGCAGGCAGCAGCGGCGUCCCAUCUCUUGGAUCCCCGCGGCCCCAGCCCCUCCCCGGAUGACCUUCCGGUCUCCGUCUGGGGCUCGCUAGGCAAGCCUCAGCGUGCCAACUUUUGGAUCGCCACGGCCAUAGCCCCUCUGCGGGAGGAUGACCGGGGCCCCGACUCCCAACGCAGACCUGGGUUGCCUCCAAGAGGCCGGAGGGCCACUCCGCAUUCGGAUUGCAAGAAACAAGAUGACCGUCCGGUUGCUGGGGCCCUGGCUCUGGCUGACGAGCCUGCGCCGGCCGGCUUGUCUCACUUGGCGUGGCCCCACCCGUGGCGUGGCCUGCACCGCAAGCCGCCCCCCACCCCCACCCCUGGCCCCUCGCACCCCACCGCGCUCACAGCCGUCGGUCGCCUGCCUUCCAGCCGGCGGCCCUCGCAGGCAGCAGCGGCGUCCCAUCUCUUGGAUCCCCGCGGCCCCAGCCCCUCCCCGGAUGACCUUCCGGUCUCCGUCUGGGGCUCGCUAGGCAAGCCUCAGCGUGCCAACUUUUGGAUCGCCACGGCCAUAGCCCCUCUGCGGGAGGAUGACCGGGGCCCCGACUCCCAACGCAGACCUGGGUUGCCUCCAAGAGGCCGGAGGGCCACUCCGCAUUCGGAUUGCAAGAAACAAGAUGACCGUCCGGUUGCUGGGGCCCUGGCUCUGGCUGACGAGCCUGCGCCGGCCGGCUUGUCUCACUUGGCGUGGCCCCACCCGUGGCGUGGCCUGCACCGCAAGCCGCCCCCCACCCCCACCCCUGGCCCCUCGCACCCCACCGCGCUCACAGCCGUCGGUCGCCUGCCUUCCAGCCGGCGGCCCUCGCAGGCAGCAGCGGCGUCCCAUCUCUUGGAUCCCCGCGGCCCCAGCCCCUCCCCGGAUGACCUUCCGGUCUCCGUCUGGGGCUCGCUAGGCAAGCCUCAGCGUGCCAACUUUUGGAUCGCCACGGCCAUAGCCCCUCUGCGGGAGGAUGACCGGGGCCCCGACUCCCAACGCAGACCUGGGUUGCCUCCAAGAGGCCGGAGGGCCACUCCGCAUUCGGAUUGCAAGAAACAAGAUGACCGUCCGGUUGCUGGGGCCCUGGCUCUGGCUGACGAGCCUGCGCCGGCCGGCUUGUCUCACUUGGCGUGGCCCCACCCGUGGCGUGGCCUGCACCGCAAGCCGCCCCCCACCCCCACCCCUGGCCCCUCGCACCCCACCGCGCUCACAGCCGUCGGUCGCCUGCCUUCCAGCCGGCGGCCCUCGCAGGCAGCAGCGGCGUCCCAUCUCUUGGAUCCCCGCGGCCCCAGCCCCUCCCCGGCCAACAGGGCCUUUGGCCAGCCGGCCAGCCAGUCAGCGGGCAUGGCGGGUAGCAGCGUGCCAACUUUUGGAUCGCCACGGCCAUAG